AACAGAGGAACGUUUGGCUAUUGUUACAUCUACAUCUAUCAUGGAAGGGGAUGAGAACAUUGGUGUUGUAAAUUCUCCAAGGUUAAACAGAAAGGCAAAUGUUCUCCAACCAUCAACAGUCCACAAUAUUCAAGGAAGUCCCAAGAAGUUGAGUGAGAGUCUUAAGAAGACAGCCGACCCUUUCUCGGUGAUCCGUCAGUUGGAUGAUGAUGAGCGAUGGGUAGAGAGGACCAGUAUCAUCACGAGACAAGAUCAUGAGGACAACAUUGUAUUUGCUGCACAGAUCCUCCAGGACCUGCUAGAUUAUCUGCCACUGGACAGAGAUGGGUGUAGUGGUAGCCACGAUAAGUCGCCGGAUUCACGCUGUGAGAAUGGUGGUGGAUGUGAAAAUGUAAAAGUUGUUGCCACUACAUGUUUGCAAUCAGCUGAAAAUAAGACAGAGGAAGCAGUUGUCAACAGGGUGGAAGAUGUGACAGAUUCAACCUCUCAGAAUCCCUCAACUAAAACAGCAACUUCGAAGGACUUAAUCCGCGAGACAUCGGAUGACAUCAUGACGAAUGCAGGCUAUGAAUUUGACUUUGACAAUCUCGAUGAAAUUAACCCAUUUCAGACGUCAAAGCAACUUAUGAAUUCCCCAGUCAUGAAAACAUCAGAGGAAAAACCUGUCAACUCGAAUACUGAAGAUGAUAAUUGUGAAAAGACAGCCGAAGACAACAUCAACAAAAUUGAUAUUUGCCUUAACUUAGAUGAAGUAGAUGAAAACUUGGAUCCUUUUAAGUGUAAAUCCAAGAUUAUGAAUUCACCAGUUGGUCCUGCUCAAGUGGGCGCUAAGUGUUGUAACAACUUGGCCAUUCAUCCUGAGGAUGUACUUACUGAGACAAAGUACCUAGAUUGUUCUGCUUCUGAGCCAACGAAACAGGAAGUAGAUCAACGGGGGGAUUUUAACAUAAACUCACACGAGUUCACGAUUGAUUUGGAUGAAAUAGAUGAAACGUUAGGCACAUUUAAGCCAUCCAAGCAGAUAGCUAAUUUUCAAGGAAAAGACAACGAACCAGCCACCUAUACUAUAAAUCUGGAUGAAAUUGAUGAAAAUGACCCGUUCAAGCCAAAGUUACAGUUAUGUAAUUCCCCAGUCAGUGGUGGGACGGCGCAUAUUGCAGGGAGCGAUUCGUCACAUGACCCGUUCAAACCAAAAUCACAAAUUGCCAACACCCCCGUGAAAGAGGCUGUGUGCAGUUUUGACGAGGUAGAUGGUUUGAUUGAAUCCUUCAAGAGUAAAGCCGUAAUUGUCAAUUCUCCUGUCAGCUCUGUGAAUGUUAACCAGGUUGAAGAUCCGGGCAAGACCAAGUCGAUGGUUGAAAAUAUGCCUGUUAGUGCUGUGAGAUCAAUGAACGCAGAGGAGAUUGAAGAUCCAUUCAAGACCAAAUCUAUGAUUGCAAAUUCUCCUAGUAGUGCUGAGCAUUCAGUGAAUACUGAAGAGGCUGAAGAUCCAUUCAAGACUAAAUCUAUGGUUGCAAAUUCUCCUCUUAGUGCUGCCAGAUCAGUGAAUACUGAAGAUGAUGAAGAUCCAUUCAAGACUAAAUCCAUGGUUGCAAAUUCUCCUCUUAGUGCUGCCAGAUCAGUGAAUACUGAAGAGGUUGAUGAUCCAUUCAAGACUAAAUCCAUGGUUGCAAAUUCUCCUCUUAGUGCUGCCAGAUCAGUGAAUACUGAAGAUGAUGAAGAUCCAUUCAAGACUAAAUCCAUGGUUGCAAAUUCUCCUCUUAGUGCUGCCAGAUCAGUGGAUACUGAAGAUGUUGAAGAUCCAUUCAAGACUAAAUCCAUGGUUGCAAAUUCUCCUCUUAGUGCUGCCAGAUCAGUGAAUACUGAAGAUGUUGAAGAUCCAUUCAAGACUAAAUCCAUGGUUGCAAAUUCUCCCCUUAGUGCUGCCAGAUCAGUGAAUACUGAAGAUGUUGAAGAUCCAGUCAAGACUAAAUCCAUGGUUGCAAAUUCUCCUCUUAGUGCUGCCAGAUCAGUGAAUACUGAAGAUGAUGAAGAUCCAUUCAAGACGAAAUCCAUGGUUGCAAAUUCUCCUAGUAGUGCUGCGAGAUCAGUGAAUACUGAAGAGGUUGAAGAUCCAUUCAAGACAAAAUCUAUGGUUGCAAAUUCUCCUCUUAGUGCUGCGAGAUCAGUGAAUACUGAAGAUGUUGAAGAUCCAUUCAAGACUAAAUCCAUGGUUGCAAAUUCUCCUCUUAGUGCUGCCAGAUCAGUGAAUACUGAGGAGGUUGAAGAUCCAUUCAAGACCAGAUCCAUGGUUGCAAAUUCUCUUAGCAAGCCUGAAUGUCAAGACACUCUGAAAAUAAGUGGAGACCCAUUUAAAACUAAAUCAAAGGUUGCCAAUACGCCAACCAAAUCCCCGAGAAAGGUUCAUUUUCAGGAUGGGGAGGGCUUUGAAGGGCUAGCAGAAGUAGAUCCUUACAAAACCAAGAGUAAAGUUACAGACUCUCCGAAACAGUCCCCAAGUCGAAAGUCUACAGAGGGCAAGACUUUAUCCCCCAAGAAAGCAUCUGGUGAUGUACAAGCUGAUCCGUUCAAGUCUCACAACCAGAUUGGCAAUUCUCCAGCGAAGACUUCCCAGAAAUCACAGAGUGCCACAUCCACCUUGAAGGAGAACACACAACCUAGGUGGCAGAAUGCCAACUCUAUCAGUAAAUCACCCAUCAAGUCACCGAGUCAGUCCCCCAGACGUGUGGCUAGUGCUACCCAGUCACCCAGGGGUCUUCCCAAGGCCUUCCCAGCCAAGUCACCAAAUCGAUCUUCACCACUCCGGUCUCCAUGUAAGAACUGUUCUCCUAAUCGCAAACCUGUCUCACCGACAAAACUGCCUCCAAGCCAGUCUCCAUUAAAGAUGGGCACUCCUCACCAAACACGUGGUUCACCUACAAAACAGCCACCAAUUCGAGCUCCAGCGAAGAAUGGAUUUCCCAUUCAAAAACUUGCUUCACCUACGAAAUCGCCACCAAUCCGGCCUUCAUCCAAAAAUUGCUCUGCUGCUCAAGAACUUGCUUCUGCCGCUGUCGUGGCACCUGUUUCCGAGCCCACUCCGGGGUGCGACACAGCUUAUCUCCCUGCCUUGGUAUCAAGGGGUGAGGGAUUACCAUUGAGACCACAUGACCCAUUCUCAAGGACAAACUUUCACCUUUCAGACAUUACUGAGGAAGAGUUUGGGGAAGAAGUGUUCCAACCUGCUUCAGAAGUGUUUGGAAAUACUGCUUUUGAUACAUCUGCCUGGGACAUGCUGGAGAAGGUGGGCAGUGGACAAGUGGCACCAUACUUGACAAGGGAUUCAUUGUAUUAUAAAUUUGAUCCCCUGAUUAAGCCCCGUCAGUCCAUAGCCAGAGGUGCAGAUUUACAGAAGCGUAUAUCAUGCAUGAUGGGCCAAGCAAAGAGACAGUCGACACAGUUGAUGUUUUUAGGAGAGGAGAAUCUGCUAGGGUCACCAGAUCGUAACAAGGCUGACAGCGUAAAGCCAGACUCCGCUGAACGAGUCCGCAGCUCUGUGGAUGACAUCUUCGGUAGCAGCAGUCCAAGCAUGGAUAACAGGCCCCACAAUCCUGUGAGCUUCUCAAAUGCGGAUCUAGUGGAGGUUCUUCAGUAUUCUGAAAAAGAAAUGAAAAAGAUAUGCAGUGAGUUGGAACUUAAGUUUCAAUCCAAUCUGCUGAUUAAAGAAAAGUCAUGGCAUGAGAAUUAUCAGCAAAUGGAAACAGAGAUGAAAGAAAGACAGGCAGAAAUGGAGCAAGAGUUAAAAGCCCAGCUGGCAGAAGCUAACCAAAAGUUGAAAGAUGCACAGGCCAAAGAGGCUGAGCAGGAAAGCUUAUUACAGGUCAUGAAGGUGGUAGUGAGCGACUAUGCAAAUACGUUGGCGGAAGUUAUUGCUCUUGGAGAGAAAGACAAAGCUGACUUCCAGAAGACCUUGUCUGAUAGUGUUCUACAAAAGGAAAAGGCUAUAGAAGAUGCAGAGGCGGCAGAUAAGAUGUUUAAGGACCUGCACGUUCGCUACGAGAAGCUCAGAUCUGCAGUUGAACUACAGCAGAAGAAUGAAGAAACUUUAAAAAAGGCUGUUACAGAACUUAAAGCCAAACUGGAGAAAGCUACACAGAGCUACAAGGCCCUCAAACAGCAGGCUGAAGAGAAGCUGGAAAAGGCAAGAAUAAGAGAGGAGAAACAGGAACUGAAAACAAAUGCCAUUGUCACAAGGCUAGAGGCAUCACUUAAAAAGAAAACGGGGGAACUCCAGGCUCUGGAAACCACCUUUCAACAAAAGAUGAAACAGAAUGAAGAACUCGCUCAGCUCUGUGAUGAACUGAUCACGAAAGUUGGAGACUGAUCAUGAAGGUUGAAACUGAUCAUGAAAGUUGGAGACUGCUCCACUGGAAAGUUUCCUGCAGUAUUUAUGUAGUGUAGAAACCAGUAGGAUGCAGUUAUUUCUGUAAGUUUUAUGAUGAUUUUAUGCGAGUGCAAGGCCUCCAAAGUCGAAGCCGAUAACAAAAAGCAACGACAACAAAAAGUAGAAAAGCAUAGAAGUCAGACUGUUUUAAAACCGACAAAAAGAUAUUUUUAUGUUCUCUAAAAGUGCUUUUGUCAGAACUUUUAUUGUUUUGUCGUGUAUUAUCAUGUUCGUUAUACAUGUACAUAGUUGUAAAACUUAGUCCGAAAAUCUCAGAUGAUUAAAAUACAGGAAGUCUGCACAAACCAAUUUGUAGCAUUUUAUUCAGACACCCGCAAUUCAUUGAGCCAGUCAAAAAUGUUCUUAAAAUAAAA